AUAGAAAUCCAGUCUUUCUUUAUCUUCUAUUUUUUUUUUAUUAUCUUUCUCUCCAUUAUGAAUUUUCAAAAUUUUCUGCACAAACUAUACAUUCUAUAGACUGGAGGUAUUCCGAGUGGAUGUUUGUAAUCUGGGGAGAUUUGAGGUUAUGUUAGAUUAGGUUAGAUUGACUUGUUUUGAUCGAGUUUUUAUGCGAAUUAUAAAACUGUAAAAAUGAGUGAAAGAAAUGAAAAUAUGAUAAAAAAUGGCACUGGAGGGAAGGAAAUGGAUUUUUGCAAAGAGGAAAUUAAAAGCAUCGUCUGCAGAAAGGAUUUACAUCCAUAUUUUGCACAUAGUGAUCACAGCGUUAAUGAGGUUUACUUUUCGGAGGUUCCCCAAAUCUGCAAGGACGAACCAUGUCAACUUGGAGUGGAUGAGGCGGGUCGCGGUCCAGUUUUAGGCCCAAUGGUCUACGGGAUCUCAUAUGCUCCAUUGUCUCAAAAGCAACUGCUGGUCGAUCUAGGCUGCGCUGAUUCCAAGAGCCUGACGGAGAAGAAACGCGACGAGAUAUUCGAUGAUAUCUGCAAGCAUAAGAAUAAUAUUGGAUGGGCGAUCGACACGAUAUCGCCAAACGUCAUUGCCAACAGCAUGUACCGUCGCACGAAAAUCUCGCUGAACGAGGUUUCCAUGAUGUCGGCUACAAACUUGAUCCAGCGAGCGAUCGAGUCAGGUGUGAACGUUGCCGAGAUUUACGUGGAUACCGUCGGCAAACCUGAAUCUUACCAGGCGCGACUGAUAAGCGUGUUUCCCGGCGUCAAGAUAGUCGUGGCUAAGAAAGCCGAUGCAACUUAUCCAAUCGUCAGCGCGGCUAGUAUAUGCGCCAAGGUGUCGCGAGAUCACGCGAUACGAGCGUGGCGGUUUCGCGAAGGUGAGAACAUCGAAAUGGAGUACGGCAGCGGAUACCCUACCGAUCCGGUGACUAAAACUUGGCUGUCCGCGAAUGUAGAUCAGGUGUUUGGCUUUCCGCAGCUCGUUCGAUUCAGUUGGUCCACUGCCGAACAGAUUCUCGAGUCAAAAGCAUUGACAGUAGAAUGGGAGGAAACGGAGGAGAUGGAAACUCCCAAUGAGCAGAAGAUUUUCAAGUUUUUCGCCAAGUCUCCAGUUAAGUUGUCUAAUGUUCACAUGAAAAAACAUCCAUUUUUUACGGAACGUUGUUUGUCUAACGCAACUAUCUUAUGAUCUUAUUUGCUUUAUGUUGAUUAUUCUUUCUUUCCCACAUUGUAGUUUUGUUUCUCAUAUGAGAUUUUAAAGAUCGUAAGACAAAUUUUUAUAGGAAUUAUUAUAUAUUUAGCUUUAGUAAUAAAUUCAAUACUAAUUUUUAUAAUUAAUUAGAGCAUAUACAAGACAUUCGGAAUAAAAGGGGUUACGAUCUAAGAA